UCCAUACACAGACACAGGUGAAAUACCGCGUUAGAAACGGUUACGAAGGGAAAGGACAGUAUCACAGGUAGCAUAGUGAUAUAUUGUAUGAAUGUAAAGGUAGGAUGAAGAAAGUAGUGUUGGUAACCGGUGCAAACAGUGGUAUUGGCCUUGCUCUGUGUGAGCGUCUGUUAAGCCAGGAUGCCCAGCUGCAGCUCUGUCUGGCCUGCAGGAACAUGCAGAGAGCUGAGGCUGCCCGACAGGCUCUUCUAGUGUCUCACCCUCAAGCUCAGGUUACUCUGCUGCACUUAGACGUGGGCAACAUGCGCUCUGUGCUCAGGGCUGCUGAGGAGUUCAAGCAGAAGUACAACAGAUUGGACUAUCUGUAUCUCAAUGCUGGUAUCAUGCCUAAUCCCAGGGUAGAUCACAAAGCCUUUUAUAAAGGCCUGUUUUCUAGUAAUGUGGUUCACAUGUUUGCCACGGGGGAGGGUCUUCUGACCCAGGAAGAUAAGGUCACACCCAAUGGUUUGCAGGAGGUGUUUGCCACUAAUCUAUUUGGUCAUUUCCUUCUGGUGAGAGAACUGGAGCCAUUAUUGUGUCAGAUGGACCACAAUUCUCUAGUGAUCUGGACAUCCUCCAGCAAUGCCCGGCGAUCGGCUUUUAGUCUAGAUGACAUACAGCAUCAGAAAGGCCGUGAGCCCUACAGCUCCUCGAAAUAUGCGUCUGAUCUACUUAGUUUAGCCCUAAACCGUCACUACAACAACCGUGGAUUGUACUCAUCAGUGAUCUGUCCUGGUCUGGUCAUGACUAACCUCACCUAUGGCAUUCUACCAUCAUUCUUCUGGACUCUCAUCAUGCCAAUUAUGUGGCUUAUAAGGAUUUUUACCAACACUUUUACCCUCUCACCUUACAAUGGAGCAGAUGCUUUGUUUUGGCUGUUCAUGCAGAAACCCGAGUCACUGGACCCGAUGGCCAAAUACCACAGUUUGACCUCUGGGCUUGGAAACAAUUACACCCAACCACACAAGAUGGAUAUUGAUGAAAACAUGUCAGAGGCCCUCUAUGUGAAGCUAUUAGAACUUGAGGAUACAGUGCGGAAGAAACUGAGAGGCGAGGAUGUAGAUAUCAAAGCGAAAAACUAAAUAUGGACUCAAUACCUCAUGCAUUCUAUCUGCUCUCAUGUAUGAGCUACUUAUACGUAUUGUGCAAUUUAUAUUGGUUUUGUGCAGUGCAUUCCAAGUUGAAUGGUUUUUACCAUUGUAGUCAGUCUCUGACUCUGAUGAAAAUGGAACUACAAUCAUGUAUUUUUAGCUGUUUUUAAUGUCCAUUUUAUUUUGCCCCCAAAUGGCCUUCUUCCAAGAUUUUCUGAUUAAUACGAAAAAAAGCACAGGCUGUGAAAAAGGAAACCAAAUCUGGUCUUUCCAGUGAAUAAAAAUGUGUCUGGAACUUUAUAUGUACAUUUUACAAUUAAUAAUUCACCCAAAAAGUAUAAACUCUUUAUAGUGUUUGUUUUAAGAUUUCAAUUUAACUUUACCUGGACAGUAUUUUACAAAUCUGAUCCUUUUUUCUACAAACAAACAAACAAAAAAGUUAAAGACUCAUUCUUGCGAUACACUCGCAGUACAGAUACAUGUGCAACUGAGACUUCUAUUCUCUUUUUUUCUGUGUUAGCUCUCAAUGUUUCAAUUCCAAAUGUACAAAUCAAAUGCAACAAAAUAGUAUUAAGUGCCUUGUAACAAUUUAUUUAACUACAUAGCAUUAAAUUAAUAUACAUAUCAGAAACUAAUGAUUGUAAUACUCUGGAUGAGAGUUGGCAAUGUAGGGAGAUUUCAGAUAUUGAUGGGUCGCCAUGGUGACGAAGAUCAUAAAGAUGCAUCCCUGUGUUAAUAAAGAAACGUGCAUGCUGAAACCAA